AUGGGCGAAGGUGAUGGCCCCUCCACAUCCGAGGUGGUGCCACCCAGGAAGGUCAAAUACUGCCAAAUAACAGGUGUGCCGGAGGAGUUCAACGACUUCCUGCCCAAGGACUGCGACGAGUACAAGAAGCUGAAGGCUGCACAGCAGAGUGCAGCCGAGAGCGGGCUGGAGGAGCUGGCGCUUCAGUCCCUGCCAGCGGGUCCCCCUGCUGCCAAGCAGUUACCAGGGAACAAGGGGAAGAAGAAGAAGGGGAAACCAGAGGUUGUGUUGGAGCGCAACACCCGCAACAAGAAGAAGUGUGUGACGACGAUCUCUGGUCUGGAUCUCUUUGGCGUGAAGCUGGCCGAGGCCUCCAAGAUCUUUGGCAAGAAAUUUGCCAGCGGGGCUUCCAUCGUAAAAAACGCCGAGGGCAAGGAGCAGAUUGACAUUCAGGGAGAUUUCGUGGACCCUGCGGUGGACCUCAUCCUCAAGCAGUUCAAGUCCAUCAAGAAGUCUGACCUGGCCCUGGUGGAGAACAAGAAGAAGGCACCAUACUUUGACGAGGAAGACAGCGAGGAUGAGGACGAGCUCUUCGACUAG